CGCAUGGCCCACACCAUGUACUUCUCAUCUCACCCGAUCACUUUUUCUUCUCUUCUUCUCAUUUCCAAAGUUCCAACGUCUCAUCAAUCUUCCUUGGCUCAGAAACAACUUUUGGAAAAGAAAUUAAAGCCUUCAGCAAAGUACGAACUACGAAGCCUUUAUUCAGGUCUCUUUGUUCAAGCUCCGACUAGUCUUGUACUCCUAUUGUGCCAUCUCUCUUUCUCUCUCUCCCUCUCUCAAAGAGAGAUUAGACACAUAAACAUAAGCAUGAAUACUAAAGAGGUGGAGGUGACUCUGAUCAAGAAAGAGGUUGUGGCAGUGCAGUUGGCAAAGAAUGAGGACCAUUGGCUACCACUCUCUAACCUAGACUUGUGUAUUUUACAUCCAUUGGAUUUUAGUAUCUUCUUAUGUUUCAAGAAGCCCACUUGUAAAGACAACUGGACCUCUAUGGCCAUGGUUGAGGUUCUCAAAAAGGCCUUGAAAGAAGCAUUAGUGCCCUACUAUUUCCUUGCUGGUGAGAAAGUGCCAGACUCCAUGGCUGAGCAUAAGCUUCACUGCAACAACCGUGGGGUUGACUUCACUGAAGCUUUUGCAAAUAUAGAGCUUCAAAAACUCAAUUUGAAUGAACCUGAUGAGACCAUUGGCUGCAAACUUGUACCGAAGAAGAAGAAUGGCGUGAUGGCUGUCCAGGCAACUGGGUUCAAAUGUGGUGGUCUUGUGCUGGCAUGCACAUUUGACCAUCAGAUAGUAGAUGCAUACUCGGCAGGCAUGUUUCUUGUUUCAUGGGCUGAGAUUGCUCGAUCUAAACCCUUCUCUUCACUACCAACUUUCAACUGCGCAAUGCUCAAUCCUCGACAUCCCAUUUCCUUUGAUCCUUCCCUUCACAACUUGUAUGUCCCCAUCACCAUGUUCAACCCUUCCAAUGAUCCAGAACCCAGUGCCAACCAUUUUGAAAACCGCAUAUGCUUAGUUAAGGCAAACAUAAUUAACCAGCUCCAAUCACAAGCUAGCACCAAGGAAAGCAAAAGGACUAAACUAGAGUCUUUCAGUGCACUUUUGUGGAAAAUUAGUGCCAAAAGUGCUAGAAACAAAAGGGUAUCAAAAUUGGGCAUUGUUGUUGAUGGCAGGACAAUGCUUAGCUUUGGAGACAAAGAGAAAAGAUCACUAAUGUCUUCUUACUUUGGAAACGUGUUGUCUAUUCCCUAUGAUUCUAAGAAAAUUGAUGAGCUUAUUGAAAAACCAUUGAGUUGGGUGGCUAAUGAAGUUCAUGGAUUUUUGGAAGGUGCAAAGACUAAAGAACAUUUCUUGGAUUUGAUAGAUUGGGUGGAGGCUCAUCGUCCAGUGCAAAGUUUGGCAAAGGUAUAUAGUAGUGGCAACAAAGAAGGACCAGCUUUGGUGGUUUCAUCAGGACAACAUUUUCCAAUAUCAAAGGUGGAUUUUGGGUGGGGAAAGAGUGCAUUUGGGUCAUUCUAUUUUCCUUGGGGUGGGAAUGUUGGGUAUGUGAUGCCAAUACCAAGUCCAUCUGGUAAUGGUGAUUGGGUGGUGUACAUGCACAUGUUGAAAAGGGAACUGGAGUUGAUAGAGUGUGAGGCUGCACAUGUGUUUAAGCCUUGCACUUCAGAUCGUCUUAAGUGACAUUGAUGAUUGCUCCAAUUAUGCAAUCACAGUACAAAAUAAACUUGUUUAUUUAAAAUGUGUGGAGUGAGGCAAAUCAUUAGUGUGAUUAUUAGUGAAACUAGUAAUUAUCCAUUCAUGUGUACAAGAUUGGCUGAAGACAGUUUCAGAUUCUCUAAAGUUUGUAAAAUAACUUCACUAUGAAGGUUCUAAAGUUCUAUCCAUAUAAUUUGAAAUGACUUGAUUGGAUUUUGAGAGUGA